CGCAAGAGACCCUUCAAGUUUAAAAAAUAAAAACCAAAACAGAUCUCUCCGGCCGUCUUUUUGUUUCUUCUUUCCUCCAUCUCCGGCAUCGUAAGAUGUCUCCGGUACCGGAAAGGGCAAAGCUCCACAUAGCUAUGGUGGUGUUUCAGACAGGGUACGCAGGGAAUCACGUGAUCAUGAGAUACGCUCUAAACUUGGGAGUAAGCAAGCUUGUCUUCCCACUUUACCGGACCAUCGUUGCUUUCUCUGUUCUUGCUCCCUCUGCUUACUUCCUUGAAAAAAAAGAGAGACCUGCGAUGAACAUGACUCUUCUGAUUCAGUUCUUCCUUCUUGGACUAAUCGGAAUAACGUUGAACCAAGGAUUUUACAUAUUUGGAUUGGACAAUACUUCACCAACAUUUGCAUCAGCAACAGAAAAUGCUGUUCCUGCUGUUUCAUUCCUCAUGGCCGCCUUGCUCGGAGUAGAGAAAGUGAAAUGGAAGAGGAAAGAUGGUAUAGCUAAAGUGGUGGGCACAAUUACUACCAUAAUAAUAAACCAAUAUCUUCUCUUAAUCAACCAUUAAUUUCUUCCUAAACUUUNCCUGCAUUUAAUGAACCAACAAACCAUGAAAGCUGAAGAAUCAGAGGAACAAAACAAGAACUGGACGCUGGGAUGUCUUUGUUUGAUGGGUCACUGUUUAUGUUGGUCAAGUUGGAUUGUGUUGCAGUCACCAUUGCUUAAGAAGUAUCCAGCUCGCUUCUCCUUUGUCUCUUUCUCUUGCCUUUUCGCAGUUUUACAGUUCUUUGGAAUCUCUGCUUAUUUCGAGAGAGAUCUAGAGAGUUGGAAGAUAACGUCAGUAGGCGAAUUAUACGCGUUACUAUACACUGGAUUGGUGGGUUCAGCAAUGGUGUUUGCAAUACAAAUAUAUGUAGUGCAGAGAGGAGGACCUCUGUUUGUAUCAGCGUAUCUGCCUCUUCAAACUUUAAUUGCUGCUGUUUUAGCCACUUUUGCUCUUGGUGAACACUUCUACCUUGGAGGACUGAUUGGUGCAAUAUUAAUCAUGAGUGGACUGUACUUAGUUGUGAUGGGAAAGAGUUGGGAGAAUCAAGAAGCUCUUUGUCAACAACAAAGACAACAUAUGAUUUCUUCAGCAUCCGAAUUUGGUCAUGAAGAAGAUUACCAUAAUAAUAAACCAAUAUCUUCUCUUAAUCAACCAUUAAUUUCUUCCUAAACUUUAUUCUUGCAUCCAGCAUAUCGGAACACAAGAAUAACAACGGAAAGACCAAAAAAGCAAAGCUUAUAAUAUGCAUGAGAUCUCACAGAGUAUCUUUUUUGUUGUU